AGGGUUUUUUCAAUAAAAUUUGAAUGCACAUAAACCACACAUUCAUCUUUGUAUUUAUUACAGGUGUUUCUGCUUCAGAAAAAAUUGCUGAAAUUGACAUAAUACGUCUAAGGCCAUAUAGAACCAUUAUUAGGAGAGUUGCCAAAAACCUGUGCUUAGAAUCAUCAUUGAUUGCUGCAAUCAUCUCUGUAGGGAGUCGUGUCGGUCAUCUACUAGAGAAUGGCUGGGACCGUCAGAGAAUUAAGUUUGGCUUGAUGCAGAUUGACAGAAGAUACUAUCCCAUUAGGGGAGCAUGGAACAGUGAAGAACAUAUAAUUGAAGGAUCAACUAUUUUAACCACUGCACUUAAAACUGUGUGGCGAGCAUACCCUAGAUGGACCUGGGAACAACAGCUAAUAGGGGGGCUUUGUGCCUAUCAUUCGAGGGACUGGAAAAUCCAGGUCUAUGAUGGAAGAGACUAUUGCAGUGGAGGCAAUGAUUAUGUUAAUAAUGUUAUUAUUCGAGCAAAGUAUUUCAAGCGAAGAGGAUUUUAAAUUCUAGGUGACUUAAAGUUUCCUCUUUUCAGACAAACUAAAAUUCUCAUGAUUAUUAUGACAGAUGAGGAAAAAAUAAAUGCUUAACAUGCUAAUCAAAUAGUGAUUGUAACUUCAAAAUUAAUUUUGCUGGGGGGUGUCCCAACAGUUGUGAAAUUGGAGGCACAUGUAAGUUAACUCCUUGUGCAACCUCACCCCAUUUAGUACCUCUUCUCAGUUUCUACUUUUUUUACUGCUAGGGUUGCAAAGGUAGCAGGCUGUAUUGUGCAGGAGGGAAUCUAAGAACUCAAUGCCUUUAUUUUAAAAAGUACAGCCAGCAAAUCUUAAUCUGCCAAGUGGCAGAGGAAUCCUCAUGCCUCUUGUAUGCAGAGGCAAGUUAGGGGCAGUUCAUACAGCAUUCAGAGAGGAAACGACAGGUGGUCUCCCUAUGUAUUUGUUAUAGUAGCCCUUUUUCCAUUCUCUCCCUAGUCAAAAGGGAAAAAGAGUUCUUUGUCUCCAUAGGCUUCUUUCCUCUAGCUUAUUCCUACUAGAGAUAAAAAGCUUCUCUCUGGCUCCUCAGUCGCUGUAAAUAACUUUAGUAGGCCAUUAUUAACUAAAGAGCAUCCUGCUAAGACAUCAAAGGACACACUAAUCCUCAGUUCAUGGUAUCCUCAGCUUUCUUAUGAGCCACAAACUCCACCCAGUGGCAGAUUUAGUGAGUUCCAACAAGUCAAAAUGAGCUGCACAAGGUCACAUCCAAACAGGAAACUUUCUGGAGAGCACAAAAGGCAUGUAGAGUCAGUCCCUCUGGAGUAUAAAAAAAAAAAAAGCCAUUAAGAGCAGAAAAGGACCCUACUUUUUAAUCAUCUUCCUAUGACUUGCAUAAUAAUAGCACUGCCUACUAAUAUAACCCUAACAUUUUUUCUGCCUUAGCUUUGGUGCUUUCCAGAUUUUAAUCAUGAGCAGGAUACCACACCUGCCUUCCAUAAUGUCAUUCUUAACGGGACAGUUAAUUAACUAGUCAAAACUUCGUUUGAAAAUGUAUUUUCUUAGUGUGACUGGAUGUGGGUAUAUCAAUUUACUAAGAAACUGAAUCAAAGGAAAUUGUGUAUUAAAAUGUUUCAGCAUAUAAAAAUGGACUAAAAAAAAGGUCUGUGUUUGUAUGCAAGAAAAUACAGUAUUAACCAAUCCCCAAAAGCUUUGGCCUUACUGACAUUUAAAAAAAUUAUUAAAAAAAAUACACUUUUUUCAAAGUCUUGUAAUA